AUGAAUUCGUGGUUAAAUAGUAGUGAGAAUGUUGUCGACGAGAUAAAAUCUACGCCUUCAACUUCAAAAAUAACAAGUUUAUCAAAACCAAAGAAAACGAUUGAAAUGAAAGACGAGAAUGGCAAAGGCAAAGGCAAAGAAGUCAUUUCACAAUUAAAUAGCUAUGAAGAGUCUGCUUCAGAUGAUAGUAUGGAUCUAGAUACAGAUCCAUUAGUUUGGGAACAAGCAGCAAAGAUUAUGGAAACAGUAGAAAAAGAUCAUUUAGAAAAAGAGUUAAAGUCACUUAGUAUGGAAGAUAAACCAAGUCUAAAAAGAAAACAACCACAUGUGGACGGAGAGGAUCUAUUCACAAGAGAAGCAGUAAAAAACUGGCAGCCACCACGGUUAAGGGCAUGGCAUGCACGUCAUACGAGCCCUGAAACCUAUUACUUUAGACUGGUCGUUCCUGGUCAACUGCAACACAAUGGAUCAUGGAGCAAGGAAGAAAAGAAGCGAUUCAUGGAAAGAUAUCAAGAAUGGAUAGAUAAGGGGAUUAGAAUAGGUACCAUGUGGGGUAUAUUCAGUAAGGCUUUCCCUCAUAGAGUUGGUUAUCAAUGUAUGUCAUACUAUCGCUCCCUUGUUAAAAAAGGAAUACUAAAAGAUGAAAACUAUACGAUUGUGGAUGGAAAGCUAAAGGGUUCCAGUAACCGUUUUGGAGCACCUUCUAUUUCAAAUUACAGUCUUGAUCCUGAAUGGGAAACAGAAGAAGUCAAACAGAUUGAAAGACAAGUGGACGAAUGGAUUAAGGAGUUUCAUGGAGGAUCAGUUAUCAAGCAACCUACAGCUGUUCGACGGAAACCCGCUACAGCAGCUUCGACUACUGCUGCUAGGCCCAGAAAUCAAAAAUCAAGAAUAUCAGAUAUGAUCACAAAAAUGCCUCAGAAGCAGUUAAGGGGCGAGAAUGAUGAUGAUGAUGAUGAUGGCUUUGUGGAUAAUGGUGAUGCAGAGGUGGCUCACCUACAAGAACGGGAUUGGGAUAAAGAGUGGAAAGAGCGACUGGAAGCAUACAAGAAUUUCUUAACUCCAUAUCUCGAUAAAGAAAAAAGACAUCAGUACUGGCAGGCCAAGCAAGAAUGGCGUCGAGGGCUUCUGACAACAGAAAUGCUUAUGCAAAAAAGCAUGAUACAAAAAACUCCUAGUACGCUUCCAUCAACAGAGACAGCUAACGGAGCAAAGGUAGUACAGUCAACACUAUCAAGGUUCUUCACUGGUGUCAAGAAGCGAAAGGUUGAUACACCUGACGAACUCAUUUCAUUUGUACGUAUUCCUAAUGAAUUGUUCAGUGGUGUCAAGCAAAUACAACCAUUAUCCAAACGAAUCGUACGGGAUGCAACAAAAAGUCAUUAUUUCGAGCUAGACAGCAUGCAUGAAUGUUCACCUAUAUUAGACUUGAUACUGGAGCCAAACUUAGAAAUAUCAAAUAUGUCAAGACUAGAGGGUAUCUUGGUUGAUCCACCAUGGGAAUUUUACGUUGCAGAUGGACGAAACGAUGGUUUGUGUUCAUGGAAUAUUACUGAUUUCCAAAAACUAAUGGAGAAGGUGAUCACGCAUAUGUCUGCGGGACUUGUCUUUGUUUGGACACACAAAUUGAUUCAGGCUGAUGUAGUUAGAAUGAUGUAUACUAUAGAUUGUAAAUAUGUUGAGAAUCUGGUUUGGUUCAAAAAAUCUGUCAAUAAUGUACAUUUGGAUAAUCCAAGCCCAUACAUUAGUUCAACAAAAGAGAUUCUGUUGAUUUUUAAAAAGGGCGAUGGAUUCGAAUUGAGACAUCAACGAUCACCUGAUGUCAUCAUUGACUUUGAGAUACCUACCGAACAAUGGAUUGACGAUGAAUAUACUGAACCAAAGCCUUCAGGCGUGUAUGAUAUGAUUGAAAUCCUGCUUCCGAAAGCAGGAUUUGAUGACAAGUUGAAGAGGGGAAGGCUUUUAGAACUCUGGGCCAAGAGGAAUUCUCCUCGAAGAGAAGGCUGGAUCAUGUUUCAUGAGAAUAAAAAGCAUAGAAAUAUUGAAUAA